AUUUCUGCUUAGGAAUUACAGAACUGCAUAUAAUCUUGUGCAUGAAUUGAGGGCUCAUGAAACAAACAUGCUGGAAAUCAAGACCAUGGCAGGAUUUAUAAAUUACAAGAUCUGUCGCCUCUGUUUUCAGCAUAAUACUCCACUGGAUGCUAUUGCACAGUUCAGGAAGCAUAUUGACCUAUGCAAGAAAAAAAUAGGAAGUGCAGAACUGGCUUUUGAACAUGCUGCCUGGAUGUCUAAACAGUUUCAGGCUUUUGGUGACUUGUUUGAUGAAGCAAUUAAGCUGGGAUUGACAGCAAUUCAAACUCAGAAUCCAGGUUUCUAUUACCAGCAGGCAGCCUACUAUGCACAGGAACGGAAACAACUAGCAAGUAUGCUUUGUAACCAUGAUUCCUCUGUGACAUAUCCCAAUCCGGAUCCCCUGGAAACACAAACUGGAGUGCUUGACUUCUAUGGGCAAAGACCAUGGCGGCAAGGAAUAUUAAGUAUGUUUCUCUAUUGCUACAGAAAUAUGAGCUUGAAUCCUUAUUUGAGAUCAGAUUAG